AUGCCAGUACGACACAUGCUUCUCCAAGCGCGACAACAGUGGUGGAAGAGAAUUGUGCCCCCAUCCACCUCGCAGCUGUUAGUGCUCCUUCAUAUCUUCCGCUCGCUCUCUAUUCUACCAUACAUAGCCUCGGUCAUGCCGUCCUACCACUCUUCUACACAAAUUCAUCUGCCCCAAACCUUGCAUUGCUCAGAUUCCAUCCCACUUGGCGUCGGCUUCCAAAUUGAUAUUGUUGACUCCAACCUCUGGCCCGCAUCCAUUGGCUUCUCCUUAGACCCCACGCCGGGUGUUGAGUGUCUUGACUUCCAAGAACAUGGAUAAGAAUAAGUGCACGGCUUGGAUGAUGAGACAGAUGACACGAGGAACCGCAAGAAGCUGUUCUACAAGCUGGACAGAGGGUCCAAGGAGUUUGAGGAAUAUAACUUGCCCUUGCACCGCAGAUGGAAGAGAGAUAAACCCAAUGCCAAGAAUCCAUCUGAUUGCAAGGUGAAACCUGACAAUGCAGCCCAUUUGAAGGUUCCAAAGCUGAAAGCAAAGCCUGCAGUUCAUAAGGAUGACAUUGUUGAGUUGAAGAGGGACCGAGUGCCAACCUUCAACCAGAUGGUUGAUCCUUACCACCACCCUUUCUGCCUAGACAUACAUGUCCCGAAGGGGUGGGUGCGUGCUUGCUUCGUUCACCGAAUGACCAGCAGGGUUGUGUCCGUGGCUCACUCCAUAUCAAAGGACAUGAAGUUUGAUCUGGGUUCAAGGAAGGGUAUUAAGGCAUGUGUGGCGGUUGGGACGUUACUUGCGAGGCGUGCGAUAGAGGAUGAUAUUCACUAUGCAAUUUAUACACCUAGAAAAGGCGACAAAACUGAAGGAAAGAUUGAGGUUGUGUUGCAUGGAAUAAUUGAUAAUGGAGUUGAUGUGAAGGUGAAACUCAAACAAAGGAAGCUAACAACGCACAUAACAUGUGGAACUAAUUGA